ACCGGGUGCAGCGUAUUUUCUGAGCUCCGUCUUUUUGUCCUAAUUUUACACAUACUUUAAAAUCCACCUCAAUUCUAUGUGAUCGUAUGAAUCUCUAAUACAUCAUACCGACGCUUUAACCAUACAGUGCUCCGGAAAUUGCAGCAUGAAGACGAACAAGAAGCUCUCUUCAGCCCGCAGUAGCUCGGAGAUUUACGGUCAUGAUGAUGCUAAGAUGGAGGUCUCUACCGAGAGCUCCAAAAGAAAAGAGCCUUUCUCUCCAGCGAAGAACCCACCAGCAACUAAAAAGAAGGACACUGGGUCAGAGGAAGAUGUCCAGCAGCUGUUGGUGAGUAAAGAAGAGCUUCCACCUGAGCAGCAGGAGUGGAGCCACAUUCUGGACCAGGAGGACACUAAGCCCCAACACAUUAAAGAAGAACAUGAGGAACUGUGGAUCAGUCAGGAGGAAGAACAGCUUCAAGAACUGGAGGAGGCGGAUACCGCCAAGUUCCCCUUCACUCCUGUCUCUGUGAAGAGUGAAGAUGAUGAAGAGAAACCUCAGUUCUCACAGCUUCAUCAGAGACAAAAUGAACAGAUGGAAACAGGAGUUGAUGGAGAGGACUGUGGAGGAGCAGAACCAGAGAGAGACUCAGAUCCAGAGAGACGUUUACAACCAGAGACUGAAGACUCUUAUGAAACUGAGACUGAUGACAGUGAUGAUUGGAAAGAGACAAGAGAAGAUCUGUCAGAAAUAAACUUGAAAAAUAAGAAACUAAAGAAUGGUAAGAGACCACACAGCUGCUCGGAGUGCGGUAAAAGCUUUACCCAUAGACAAAGUCUGACCAGACACAUGUUAGUUCAUACAGGAGAGAAAGCUUUCAGAUGCUCUGUUUGCUGUAAAACCUUUACCCAAAGAGGAAGUCUGACCACACACAUGUUAGUUCAUACAGGAGAGAAAGCCUUCAGCUGCUCUGUUUGCAGUAAAAGCUUUACCCUAAGACAACAUCUGACCACACACACGUUAGUUCAUACAGGAGAGAAACCCUUCAGCUGCUCUGUUUGCAGUAAAAGCUUUACCCGAAGAGGAAGUCUGACCACACACAUGUUAGUUCAUACAGGAGAGAAACCCUUCAGCUGUUCUGUUUGCAGUAAAAGUUUUAACCAUAGAGGAAGUCUAACCAAACACAUGGUGAUUCACACUGGAGAGAAACCCUUCAGUUGCUCUAUUUGCAGUAAAAGUUUUACCCAUAGAGGAAUUUUAACCAAACACAUGGUGAUUCACACUGGAGAGAAACCCUUCAGCUGCUCUGUUUGCAGUAAAAGCUUUACCCGAAGAGUACAUCUGACCAGACACAUGUUAGUUCAUACAGGAGAGAAAGCUUUCAGCUGCUCUGUUUGCAGUAAAAGCUUUACCCUAAGACAACAUCUGACGUAUCACAUGUUAAUUCAUACAGGAGAGAAACCCUUCAGCUGCUCUGUUUGCAGUAAAAGCUUUACCCUAAGACAACAUCUGACGUAUCACAUGUUAAUUCAUACAGGAGAGAAACCCUUCAGCUGCUCUGAGUGUGGUAAAAGGUUUAAUUCUAAGGGAAAUCUGACCAAACACAUGAUGAUUCACACAGGAGAGAAAUGCUAAUCUUGCGCAAUGGUAAAACUGAUCCAAAGGAUUCCAAGUUAACAACAUCACUAAUGUGUAUUCAUAAGUAUGUAUUGACUAACAGAUGUAUAACUGUUGUUAUAAAGGGAUGUAAGACAAUUCUAAUCACAGGAAUCUGUCUGUACUUUUUGACAUUGAUGUUUUGUUGCUGACAUAUGAACCAGUAAAUUGGGAUCAGCUAUGAUGUUUGAAUUUAAAGUGUUUAUAUUGUUGAAAGAUCAGAAAGAGUUAUGCAAUUGUUGAAUUUGUUUUUAUCAUAUAUUUACUUUUUCUUUUAUUAUCAUUUAAUCAAUUUAUCAUGUACUUCAUAUAUUUACUUUUUCUUUUGUUAUCACUUAAUCUUUUCGUCAUAUUCAUUCAUAUGUCAUGUAGUCGCUACGACUUUUGGUUUUUGGCUUUUAUAUUUCCUGUCAAUCCUACACACACCCGCGGUGCCUACGCACCUGUGAGGUCAGGAUGAGUGUGCCAUACUUUGAGUAAAACCACAUACGAGCUCGUAGGUGUAUAGCGUUUCUGCGUAUCUGCCUGGUUCACAGUCUUCAAGCUAAAACCACAUAUGAACUUAGUAUCACCUGUGUUACCUUAUAUGCUUUGACAUCAAAACCACAUAUGAACUUGGUAUCACCUGUGUUACCUUGUAUGCUUUGACAUCAAAACCACAUAUGAACUUGGUAUCACCUGUGUUACCUUAUAUGCUUUGACAUCAAAACCACAUAUGAACUUGG